AUGAAUUUCACCAACACCGAGCUCUUGAAAGCUCGUGAGAGGAAAAUGGCUCGCUUUUCUCCAAAGUUCAACAACGAGGGCGAUGGGAAGAAACGGGGCGGCGCUGAGAACCAAGCCGAGGGCGCCCAAGCCCUCAAAAGGAGGAAAUUGGUCAAAGUCUCCUCUGCCGCCGGCUCCUCCAACCCCGGCGCUCAGCCCACUACUGCCGCUGCGUCUAAAGGCAAAAAAGUUGCUAAAGCCUCCACCGCCACGGCCACCGAGUCCACCACCAUUCCAGCUCCCAAUUCCGCUACCGCGGGCGCGGCCACCGCAGCCGCCGCCAAGUCCACUACUGUAGGCGCCACAGCCGCCUCCGCCGGUGUCACGACAAGCCAAGACGCACCUCCUAGCCCGCCCCCGACAGAUGAUGGGCGCUCCGCGUCUUCCCCGCCUCGCCCCGAAGAGAGACCUCCUGAUGCCGCCGCUACCCUUGAAGCCACCCAGAUCGAACAAGCUCCCGGCAAGGAGGGUGGUAGCAUAAACAGAGAAGCAAAAUGA